CCCUACGGUGAGUUUUGUUCCAGCGGUUAUAUGAUAGUCAGCACCUGGUCCGGGAGGAAGAAGAGACGAGCCUGCCUCCUCCCUGUCGGUCUGUCUACCGAAAUGAAUGGUGCAGUGGCCUCGGAGGCCGCCAGGAGACGUGCCCAGCACAGUGUUAAUGGGAAGACACCUGAGGAGGGGCAGCAGCCCGCACAGUGGGGGAGAGCAUGGGAGGUGGACUGGUUUUCCCUGAGCAGCGUGAUUGGCCUCCUUUGCUUUGCCCCUUUCCUUGUCUUCUACUUUGUGAUGGCCUGUGAUCAGUACCAGUGCUCCAUCAGCCAGCCUCUGUUAGAGCUGUACCAAGGAGAGACCACCCUGCUCUCCAUCUGGUCCCAGGCACCCUCCUUCACCUGGACAGCUGCCAAGAUAUAUUCCAUCUGGGUGUUCUUCCAGGUGCUCCUGUACAUGUGUGUUCCUGAUGUUACUCAUAAGUUUAUUCCUGGCUACGUUGGUGGAGUGCAGGACGGAGCACGAACUCCAGCUGGCCUGAUUAACAAGUAUGAGGUCAACGGGCUGCAGUGUUGGCUCAUCACUCAUGCUCUGUGGUAUGUCAAUGCACACUACUUCCACUGGUUUUCUCCCACCAUCAUCUUUGACCACUGGAUCCCCCUGAUGUGGUGUGCUAACAUACUGGGCUACACUGUGUCCAGCUUCUCUUUCAUAAAGGCCUACCUGUUCCCCACAAGCUCCGAAGACUGCAAGUUCACAGGAAACAUCUUCUACAACUACAUGAUGGGCAUCGAGUUCAACCCACGCAUUGGCAAGUGGUUUGACUUCAAGCUCUUCUUCAAUGGUCGGCCCGGCAUCGUAGCCUGGACUCUUAUCAAUCUGUCCUACAUGGCCAAGCAGCAAGAACUGUACGGCCAUGUCACCAACUCCAUGAUCCUGGUCAACGUCCUGCAGGCCAUUUAUGUGUUGGACUUCUUCUGGAAUGAGGCGUGGUACCUGAAGACUAUUGAUAUCUGCCAUGACCACUUUGGAUGGUAUCUGGGCUGGGGAGACUGUGUGUGGCUACCAUACCUCUACACACUGCAGGGUCUGUACCUGGUGUACCACCCAGUCCAGCUCUCUAACGUCCACACCUUGGCUGUCCUGAUGCUCGGCCUCGUUGGGUAUUACAUUUUCCGCUCCACCAACCACCAGAAGGACCUGUUCCGGCGCACCGAGGGCUCCUGCUCCAUCUGGGGCAAGAAGCCAGCGUACAUCGAGUGCUCGUACAGCUCUACUGACGGUGGCAUCCACCGCAGCAAGCUGCUGACCUCAGGUUUCUGGGGAGUGGCCCGGCACCUCAACUACACUGGUGACCUGAUGGGUUCACUGGCUUACUGCGCCGCCUGUGGCUUCGGCCACAUACUCCCAUUCUUCUACAUUGUUUACAUGACCAUCCUGCUGGUCCACCGCUGUGUGCGCGAUGAACACCGCUGCAGCAGCAAGUACGGCAAGGACUGGAAACGCUACACUGAUGCUGUGCCGGACCGACUAAUUCCUGGGGUGUUUUAGAGAGGGGAAAUAGAGCGGGAGGAGGGGAAAGAGAGGUAGAUAUAGAAAUAUUGAAAUUGGGUAGCAAGAUGACCAUGAGGUGUGAGUUUUAUACUAUCUAGAGUACACCACACUGAACAUUUUAACACAUGCAUAGUUUUCUAAAAGAUGUGUUGAGCUGUACAUGUGCAAUGCAAAUAUGCAGGCACAAACAGUUUAAUGCUAUUCUGUUCUGCCUCAGCAAAGGCAGUUUGAAACACCAGUAUGCUGCUUCCGUUAUACGGUGACCAGUUUACAUAAAUAAAAACAUUUCAAUAACAGUACAAUAUAUUUUUGGAGCUAGUAAGACCGAGCACAAUGUAAACCAAAAUCAGGAAGUGAAACAGUGAGUCAGUCAGUGGACUGUUGUCUACAACUACUCUACACAAUUCUUUGUCAUUCCCAUAAUGCACUUUGCCAUUAUGAUAGAUAUUAAGACAUGGCUGCUUCUUUCUCAAAUAGAGAUGUUUUUCUGUUUUUAUAUCUCAGUAAAUUCAACACCUUUUGGUUUUUUUUGUCUGUUCAGAAAAAUAAACGAUGAUGAUGAUGAUACACUGAG